ACAAAAAACUAUAGAGGGAGUGAGAGGAGAGUGAGAAAAAUUAAAGAGAAAUAGUGUGUGGUAGUGUUUUUCAUGGGGAACUGUGUACACUAUUACUCUCCUCUCCUUCUCAGGGGUUAUUGUAAGCUAAAAUCUUGAGCUCUUCACCUCACUUUUUUUCUCCUCUUUUAAGGGUAUACUUCUUUUCUUGGAGCUUGAGUGAACUUUAGUACAAAGCUCAUUUAGUUUCUCAUUUCUACAUUUUGCUGCUGAGAGGAAAUUGAUAUGCAGACACCAAAAGGAAGGACUGUUUCUGUGGAAGUGCCUCAAAGGAUAUCUGCUGCUACACUAAAGACAGCUCGAAAGCUCAGGACUCCAGGGUCAGAUGUUGAUUCUGUUUCAUCUCCGAAUCCAGCCAACAGGACACCUAAAGAUAGGAGUCCGAAAGUUGUUUGUCGCCGGUCACCACGGAGUCCAGUGAUAGAGAAGAAGCGUCCUGUCAAAGCAUCUGACUUGGAAACGCAGCUUGCUCAACUCCAAGAUGAGCUAAAGAAGGCGAAGGACCAACUCAGUUCUUCUGAAUCAUUGAAGAAAAGGGCUCAACAGGAUGCUGAUGAAGCUAAAAAGCAGCUUGUGGUCAUGUCAGGAAAGCUCGAGGACUCUAAGAAGCAGCUGCUUGAUCUCUCAGAUUCAGAAGAAGCUCGACUGCUGGAGUUGCGCAAGAUAUCACAGGAUCGAGACCGAGCAUGGCAAUCUGAGCUUGAGGCUAUCCAGAAGCAGCAUGAGUUGGACUCUGCUGCUUUGGCCUCUGCCAUGAAUGAAAUACAGAAACUUAAACUUCAGCUGGACCGAGUGGCUGAUUGUGAAGCCGCUCAAGCUCAUCAUGCUGAGUCAGCUUAUGUUGAGAUACAAAGCUUAAGGAUUGAACUUACAAAGACCCUUACAUUGGUUGAUAAACUGAGAAACCAGCUUAACGAUAGCAAGGAAUCUGAGGCUUGUUCAUUUGAAGAAGUGAGCAAAGCUCAGAUGCAGCUGGAAGUGGCCAAGAUAACCGAGGAUACUCUACGUUCUGAAGGUUUGAAAGCAAUGGAGGCUUGCAGGACCUUGUCUUUGGAGUUGGAAAAAUCAAAGGAUCGAGUAGCUUCAUUGGAGGAGCUUGUCAGAAAACUCCAGUCUGGUCCAGUAGACUCUUCCGAAAGUUCUGUAGCUGCUGAAGGAAACAGCUCAAAUGUAGAAGCUGAUAAACUAAACAUUGAGCUGAGUACCAUCCAAGUUGAGGUAAGUCAAUUAAGAGCUGCUUUGGAGGAUUCCGAGAGAAAGUAUCAGGAAGAAUACAUCCAGAACACCUUGCAGACACGAAGUGCUUAUGAACUGGUGGAGCGCACAAAAUCCGAAUCACUUCAGAGGGAGGCUGAAUGGGAAAGAAAACUAAAUGAAGCAAAAUCGGAAGUGGAAGAGUUGAAAGAAAAACUGAUGAAUGUUGAAGCUCAACUUGUUGAUAUUUCAGAUGUGAAUAAGGGGCUAAGUCUGCAUGUUGAGCAAAUGCAGUCAACUGAUAAAGAGUUUGAGUUAGCUGCUCAACUAAAGAACUCAGAGUCAGUUUUGGGAGAUCUGAGAGAAAAUCUAUUAGAUAAAGAGACAGAGUUGCUGAGUCUUAUGGAGGAGAAUGAACAGUUGAAGUCGGAAAUCAGUAAGAGGGAAUCGGAGAGUACCAAAGUUAACAACGAGGCACUUGCCUUAGUAGAAGAAGCAAAAACUGCAGAAAGAGAGGCCCUGAUGAAGCUGGGAGAUUUGACGGAGGAAGCAGACAAAAGCAGCAGAAAGGUAACUCGUGUCACUGACGAGCUGAAUGCAGCACAGGCUGCAAACUCGGAGAUCGAAACCGAGCUAAGGAGGUUAAAAGUGCAAUGUGAUCAAUGGAGGAAGGCUGCUGAAGCAGCUGCAUCUAUGCUUUCAACUGGAAACAACGGGAAAUAUGUCGAGAGAACAGGUUCUUUAGACUACCACACUAUCGGUGGAAAGCUUGGUUCACCACUCUUGGAUGACUUGGAUGAUGACUCGCCAAAGAAGAAGAACAACAACAUGUUGAAGAAACUCGGUUUUUUAUUGAAAAAGGGACAGAAGUAAAUAACGCGCUAUCGUGCAGGUUGCUUUCACAUGAUCAUUGUUCCAAUUCUUCAGUAAUCUUGAUCAUGUAAACAUUUUUCAUCAUUUGUUAAUAAAUCUACUAAGUUUCCUUCUCAGGACUUGCUGAGCUGAUUCAGCCUUCAUGGAAUUAAUCGUUUUCGCGGAUUUUUGUAUAGCUGUUUGGAAAUCUCCAGUUUGUAUGGCAAUUGUUAUUUUUAGAUACAGACUGUUGUAUUUUCCAAGUAUUUGUUGCAAGUGUAAUGAUAGCUAUGAGAGAUGAUUAAUGGUAAAAUUUGCUCUUUCAUGUCAUAGAUGACAUUUUUUUUUA